AUGGGUGUUAUGGCAGAUCAACUUUUCUUACAACCAAUUAAUCCAGCCACAACUAAACCAAUUAAAGAUAUAAAGAUUGAUACAAAGACAUCAUUGAAACAAAAGUUUGAUAAAGCAUAUCUUUUCAAGAAUGAAUGGAAAUAUGAAAAAGCAAAUAUUAUUAUUAGAUUUAGAGAUUUGUUGGCAGAGAGAAUCGAUUCUUUGGCCAAUGAUUUAACAGAGGAAACAGGUAAACCAAUUACACAAUCGAAAAACGAAAUUAAAGCAGUCAUUGAGAGAAUCAACUUUUUCUUGUUCAACUUCUCCAGUUGUUUGCAGGAGCGUGCUGUUCGUGUCACCGACAAGUUCCGUGAGACCCUCAGCUACGAACCACUCGGUGUCGUCGGUAAUAUCUCUGCCUGGAACUACCCAUAUUUCAUUGGAUUGAACGUUAUCGUACCAGCACUUCUCACCGGUAACUGCGUGCUCUACAAACCCUCAGAGUUCUCAUCAAUCACCGGUAUCAACAUUCACAAUCUCCUCAUGGAAGCCGGUCUGCCAGAGUCUGCAUUCCAAGUCGUCCUCGGAAAGGCCGUCAUCUCACAAUCGCUCCUCUCGCUGCCAAUCGACGGUCUUUUCUUCACCGGUAGCUACGCCACUGGAAAAUCAAUCUCAGAGACACUCGCUGGCCGUAUGAUUCCAGUGCAACUGGAGUUGGGUGGUAAGGACGCCGCCUACGUCCACAAGGACGUCGAAGAUCUCCAAUCGGUCAUUGCUUCGCUCGCCGACGGUGCCAUGUACAACACUGGACAAUCGUGCUGCUCGGUCGAGCGUAUCUACGUCGACGAGGAGAUCCACGACCAAUUCGUCGAGGGACUGGUCAAGGAGAUCAGCACCUACCACAUGGGAUUCGAUCCAAAGUCACCAUCCACCUACUACGGUCCAUUGACUCGUGGACAACCACAAAUCGAACAUCUCCAACGUCUCAUUGGUAAUGCCACCCGUCGUGGUGCCACUGUCGAGCUCGGUGGUAACGUCGUCCAGAACGCACCAGGCUACUUCUUUGCACCGACCGUGCUCGCCAACGUCAAUCACCAGAUGGACAUCCAAAAGGAGGAGCUCUUUGGUCCAGUCGUCACCGUCCAGUCGGUGAGCGGUGGUCCAACCGAGGCAGUUGCACUCAUGAACGACACCCCAUUCGGUCUCACCGGAUCGGUUUACUCCAAGUCGAUCGAAGUCGCCGACUACGUCUCUGACAACUCCAACACCGGUACCGUCUACUGGAAUGCAUGUGAUCGUGUAUCGCCAUUCCUUCCAUGGUCCGGUCGUGGACACUCUGGAAUCGGUAGCACACUCGGUAUCGACGGUAUUUUCUCAUUCCUCAAGCCAAAGGCACGUCAUUUCAUCUCCAACCAAUCAAAGGUCUUGGGUGAGCCAUUCAACAGCAACAUCGUCCCAACCGAACCAAUCAACUCAAAGAACGUCUCAAAAUUCAUUGAAGAAACUCACGAACAAACCUCAUCACAAUAA